CAGUGCUGAGUCACACACUACACUCACUUUAAAAGUUCCGCCGCCUGCACAGACAGAGCAUUCCAGUUGAAAGUUUUGUUUUGGAAGCCUCAGAGCUCCGACAUGGACUACAGAGGGCCGUUGGUGCUUCUCGUUCUGCUCAGUUGCAGGGGCGCACUCUGCGAAGUGGUGCAGUGGAUGGAACUGAACGAGGCACAGGCCUAUUUGAAACAAUACGGCUACCUAAAUGAGCCAGGGAAUCCACAGGACCCGAGCUAUCUGGAGGAGGUCAUUCAAGCACUCAGGGUCUUCCAAAGGGUGAAUGAUUUGCCCCCAAGUGGAGAGCUUGAUGAAGCCACCCUUGCUGUAAUGAGGCAGCCUCGCUGUGGCUUGGAGGACCCCUUCAACAAUAAACAGCACAAAUACAGAGUAAUGGGUCGUUGGAGGAAGAAGAGUCUGACCUACCGCAUUUACAACUACACACCAGACAUGAAGAAAGACUUGGUGAAAACAGCCAUCAAGGAGGCCUUCAAGUACUGGAGUGAUGUGACAGAUUUGACCUUCAGAGAAGUGGAAUAUGGUAGAGGUGACAUCAGGAUCGCCUUCCACAAAAGAGACGGCUACUGUGCCUCGCCGUUUGACGGCCCCGGUCAUGUACUGGCCCACGCAGAAGCACCAGAAUCCGGAAUGGUCCAUUUCGACGAGGAUGAGUUUUGGACGGAGGGCACGUACUCCGGCACAAAUCUGCGCAUCGUGGCGGCCCACGAAAUCGGACACGCUCUCGGUUUAGCUCACUCUCAGUUCAAAAGCGCCCUGAUGGCUGCCGUCUAUACUGGUUACCAAAGCAACUUUAAGCUGCACUUUGAUGAUGUGCGUGGUAUCCAGGCACUGUAUGGAAAACCCACCACCGGUACUUCAUCCAGUCCAAUGACACCAGAUGCAGUCGUUCCUACUGAAAGCAGCAGUGGCACAGGCAUCGUCCCAGACCCGUGCACGGCCACACUGGAUGCCAUCAUGCUUGGUCCUUGGAGGAAAACCUUUGCUUUCAGCGGGAACUACUUGUGGACGAUCUCUGAUCUGGGACACAACAUGCCAAUGAGGAUUGACAGGCUGUGGAACAGGCUCCCUGGGAACCUGGAUGCAGCAGUGCACUCUCCAAGGACCAACAAGACAUACUUUCUGAAAGGGAAUAAAGUGUGGCGCUACACUGGCUUUAUGCUGGACUUCGGCUACCCUAAGAGAGUGCAGCGCAUCCCUUCAAAUAUUGAUGCAGCUUUUUACUUGGAGAACAACAAGAAGCUAAUCUUCAUCAAGGGCUCCAGUUUCUGGCAAUGGGAUGAGUUUGUGUACACUACAGUGACUCCUAGGCCGCUGACCAUGCUCUUCUCUGGCGUACCCUCCAGUCCGGAUGCCGCUUUCACCUGGACCAAUGGCAGGGUGUACUUCUUCAAGGGAGAUGACUACUGGCGUGUCAAUGAGCGGCUGAGGGUUGACAGGGGCUACCCAUUGAGCAAGAAAGAGCGCUGGAUGCGAUGCUGAGAUUUGCUCGAUAGGGGGCAGUAGAAACCCAAAAGUAGCUGUCAAGUGCGACCUCAGAUCAGCAAACUCUUUUUUUGUACUUUUGUGACUGUGAAAUUUUUGUAUGAGAGAAAUUGAGUAGUGGGCAUUGUUUUUUUUAACUGUUUCCAUUCACUGUAUUAGACAUCCAAUCCAUUUGAACCUAUUCAUUGCCAGUGAUAGCAAUACACUAUAAAUCCAUUUAAACCAUGAUGAUUGAAUAAUCAUGUUGCAGUGCUCAAUAAGGAAGUGAUUGCUUCCCCUUCCCAUUCUAAAUAAAUUAACUCAUUGGCUGC